AAUGUUGGGGGUCCGAGCCGCAAAGGGAUACCAGCGCGUGACAGCCGCGGCCAAUUAUCCAGGGGACAGGCGGGCCGGCGGCGGGCUGCUCCUAGCAGAGCGGGGAAGACCCGGAGGAGCCUGGCUCGCCCAGGGCUGAGCGGCUCGCCCGGCUAGAUGCUGCACAGCUCCAGACAGCGCGCAGAGAGCCCGGGCGGGACCUCCCGGCUUGGCCAUUGCACCGCCCGCUCACCACGCGGCGUGCGCACCAGCCUGUAAGUUCCUGCUGCCUCGUAAGUGUUUCCAGCCGGGGCUUCAUGCACAGACUGUAUUGAGGGCGCCUGGGGUGCGGGUGCUUUAGCAGCACCGAGGAGGGGGCAGUAACUCUAAGUCUGCCAGUAACUGAGGUAGUAACCGCCCUUGUGGUUUUCCUGCCCUCUCCCCACGCCAGGGUCAGAUAAAGUUUAUAUUGUGCCUGAAUCCAACCUGCAGCAGAAAAGAUCAAGAUGAGCCUUAAUUCAUCUACCGAAGAGACUGUUAAAAGAAUCCAUGUUGACUGCCCCGUUUCAGGAAGGCAUGGCUAUAUAUACAUUAUGGUUCCAACUGUUUACAGCAUCAUCUUUAUUGUAGGCAUAUUUGGGAACAGUUUGGUGGUCAUUGUUAUUUGCUUCUACAUGAAAUUAAAGACUGUGGCUAGCAUCUUUCUGUUGAAUUUAGCCCUGGCUGACUUGUGUUUCCUAAUGACUUUGCCACUGUGGGCAGCCUACACAGCCAUGGAAUACCACUGGCCUUUUGGCAACUGUUUAUGUAAAAUAGCAUCAGCUGUGGUAAGUUUCAACCUGUAUGCCAGUGUGUUUCUACUCACAUGUCUUAGCAUUGACCGUUACCUGGCUAUAGUACAUCCAAUGAAGUCCCGACUUCGGCGCACCAUGCUUGUUGCCAAAAUAACUUGCAUCGGCAUCUGGCUGCUAGCAGGACUGGCUAGUUUGCCUGUCUUAAUUCACCGUGAUGUAUUUUUUGUUGAGAAUAUGAAUAUGACAAUUUGUGCUUUUCGGUACAAGACCCAUAAUACAACACUGCCUGUUGGGCUAGGUUUAUCUAAGAACAUGUUGGGUUUUUUAAUUCCCUUUUUGAUAAUUUUAACAAGCUACACCUUAAUCUGGAAGACGCUGAAGAAGGCUUACCAAAUUCAGAAAAACAAGACCAGAAAUGAUGAGAUUUUUAAGAUGAUUGUGGCAAUAGUACUUUUCUUCUUCUUUUCCUGGAUUCCUCAUCAAGUGUUUACCUUUCUGGAUGUAUUAAUCCAGCUACGUAUCAUAACAGAUUGCCAAAUUGUUGAUGUUGUGGAUACCGCUAUGCCCUUCACCAUCUGCAUAGCUUACUUCAACAACUGCUUGAAUCCCUUUCUUUAUGGUUUUUUUGGAAAAAAGUUUAAAAAAUAUUUCCUGCAGCUACUAAAAUACAUUCCACCAAAUGUCAGAGCACAUCCAAGGCUAACAACAAAAAUGAGCUCCCUUUCCUAUCGACCAUCAGAAAACUUAAGUUUAUCCAUGAAAAAGACUAUUGGGUCUUUUGACAUUGAGUGAUGUCUUUCAUGCUAUAUGCUUUAGAACAACCUUGUAUAUGAAAUAGCAAGAGUGUCAAAGUUCACCCAUAGUCCUGACCAUCACAGCUUAUUGCACAUUACUUAAAUGAUCUACUAGAUAUCAUCUUUGGAAGAUUUAGAAGUGGCCUUUUAUAUUGUCAAGAGGACUGUUUGUUAUUUUUAUUUGAAGCAACCCAAGAAGAUGGCAGUUGGGAGUCUUUUAGCAUCCUGCCUCAGAGCUCAGAACUUUGGAAGAAGCGUACAUGAUGCUCCUGGAAAGAUCUCAGAACUUAGGUUAAGGCAUGAUCAUUUGUGAAUUAUAUGAACUCUGCAGAAUUUGCUUUCAACAUACAUAAGCAAUUCUAAACUAACCAUUUGGAAUUGUUAUACAAAGUGUUACGAGAGUCAAACAGAAUGUUUGUUUUCUUUCACAUUAUAUUUGGUGGGGAUGGUGGAGAACAGAGUUACGUCUGAAAUAUGAAAAAUAUCCAUUUUUCCUUGAUACAAAUAUCACGUAUCAUUACCUUUAUAAUAAGGUGAAAAUAGAUAUAUGCAGGUCUCAUUCCCAUCUCAGAUUGAGAUUUAAGGACUUCAAGACUGUGUUCACAUACCUUUUUGCUAUUAUUCAUUUUAAACAUGGCAAAAGUUUAUAUCUGAAAUAAAAUGCAGUUUUAUUUAUUAAAUAUAUAUUUUUUAUAAAUCUAUGUUUCUAUUAGUUAUAUGUCAUACAAGGAAACAUUACUUUGUACACACACAUUUUUAUCAGUAUGUUAAAUGUAGGGUGGGUAUUUUUAUGGCCAUAGUUUAUAUAUUAACCAGUCUUACUUUCACUUGACCAUGAAUAUCCCCUAUUGACUUCAGUGGGAUUACUCAUGGAAUAAAAUUUUACUUUACAUUAGUAAGAGAAUCAGAAUCUGCCCCAUAUUAGCAAAAUAUGGACAUCCUGUGAUAGAGAUUGUUAGCAAGCUUCAAAGGAUCAGCCAAAAUUAUUUUCAUAGAAUAAUUACAGCACUAAAUGAAAAAUAAAACACAUUAAUUCAAUCCACUCAGAACUUCCAAACUCCUAAAAAUGUUCCAUUUUCUUCAGUAUUUCUGGACACGCAAAACUCCACAAAGCAAAAAUGUAAUAAUACUUAUUGGCAAAUUCUGCUCUCAAUCAUAGAAAUGAAAAUGUAGGACUAAACUUUGCUCUCAACUUCUAUAUUUAAACCAAAGUAAUUAUGAGCAGAAUUUGAUCAUGAAGGAUAUCCUGAAGGAUAUGGAAUUAUUCCCCUAUUUACACCUGAAUAACUGAGAACAAAAUCUGGCCCAAUAAAAAAAAUAUUUGCAGACAAAUUCUUGCCAAUAAACCUCUAACUUUUAAAAUAAUUUUCUCACUAUAAAAGAUAUUUAAGCACUGGAACAGGUUACCUAAAGAGAUUACAGAAUGCCAGUCACUGAAGAUUUUUAAGAACAGGUUAGAUAAACAGUUGUCAGGGAUAGUCUAGUUUCAGAGUAACAGCCGUGUUAGUCUGUAUUCGCAAAAAGAAAAGGAGUACUUGUAGCACCUUAGAGACUAACCAAUUUAUUUGAGCAUGAGCUUUCGUGAGCUACAGCUCACUUCAUCAGAUGUAUACCGU